GGUCGAUUUGAGCUCGGCUGUGACAUCAAUGAACCGGUAGCGAAAGUCAUCCUAUCCGGAACACAAUUAAACAACCUGUGUGCUGUGCAAAUAAAUGGGGGUAUGUUAUAUCAAAUGUUUCUUUUCCUGUAUUGUACGUUUUUUGUUGUUUUUUUGUUGUUAUCGUUGCCCAGCUUCUUCACGACACUUACAUUGCCGCAUCAGACUGCUUCAAACCCCCGCCGACUCACCACCACUCGAUUGACAAUCUUAACACUUCUUUAUUUGUUGAAUAUCUAAAAAUCCCAAGAGUCCUCUAACAUAUUAGUGCCAUGUGUCAUCGAGCAUAUCUAGUAUAUUUCUAUGUUUCCUCUUAAAAACUUUAAUUAAAUUAAAGAAAAUAAUCUCUUUUUUUUUGUAUUGGGCCAAUCUCAAAAAUAUCAUUUUAAUAAUCAAAAGUGUAAACACCUACAUCAAUAUGCUCUGCAUAAGCGCGAGGUGCUGGAACAAAAAGUUACUAAUUUCUUGAUAAUUAAACACAUUUAUCGGGGGAGGGGGGUGUUCUAGCUUAUAAGUACAUUCAUUGAAAAUAAAAACAAACAAAAAACGACCAUGUAUUAUACUUUAAUUCCAGGUCGAAAUGUUGCAUUGAAACAGAAUACUUCGUACGAUAAAUUAUCGAAUAAAGUCUUUCCAGGGACAUCCAGCCGGGCAGUCGAUGGAAACACUUCAGCCAUCUUCGACACCUGUGCCAAAGCGGUACCUUUCUGGACGCUUACGUACAAAAAUGAUUUUAUAAUCACCAGGAUUCUUUUGUACAACAUACGGGACUUUGGUAGGUUGCCACUGUUUUAAAAAAAAAAAAAUACAUAGCCCACGCUGUUUCUUUCUUCCUCGUUUCUUUUUAUCAUUAGAGCAAUAAUAAGUUGUCUUUAAAAGGAAGUUUUUUGGUUGAUUUUUUUUUUGGUUUUCUGUAAUUAUUGAGGUUCUGUUGUAUCAUUUUCCAGGAUAUAGGACUCAAUAUUUUGAACUCACCGGUUACGGUUUUGGUCACGAAGAAGAUACUUUGCUUUUUAGAAACGAUUAUACCAUAGUGAAAGAACCGAUCGUUGCAGUUUUAAACAGAGACUGGAAAAAACCGUGGAGAUUUCUUGCUAUAAUCGCAAAGUCUGUGUUUGAGGCAAUGAUGCUGUGCGAAGUAGAAACAUUUGGAGGUAACGUAUUGUGCCAUAUCUCUUCCCUAUCUGAAAGCAAGCACCUUGAUCUGUUAACAAUGGUUGUCAUGCCAAAAUGGAAAUAAGACAGAAAAUUCGGAAUGUGUGUUUCAUUUAAUCUUUAUGAACUUUACCAUUUUGGGCUGGAAAUGAUUCCAGGGGAAUACGAAAGAUUUACUCCAUUUGAAAUCAUAUAUUUUCCUUUCCCGAGUUAGUGAAAGUCCCAAUCAUCAUUCGACAUCACCCUGCAAAUGUGGUUUAGACUUUGCAUAAUUAAAUUUUAAAAAGAUCUAUAGAGAUUUUUAAAAGGUAAAUAUGCUUUAUUCCUUAGAUAGAAAAUGCCCUUUUCACAGAAUCCGUUUGAACCCAAUGGAGCAUCCAUUUUUGAUAACAUCACAAGCACUGCAGGAAUCGCCCGUUUUUUCAUUGUGUUUUAAAUUCAUACCGCUUUCGGGACUCCAUAUUUCGGUUCUAUUUCAAUGUUUUCUCUCUCCUAUCGUUUGAAUUCAUUUAUCCAAGGUUAAAUACAAUCUCCUUUGCUUCAGUGUGACUUUAAAAACAAAAAAAUUCGGAGUUUUUAUUUUCUUGUUUUUAACUAGGUUUUUGCUAAGGAUUGAACUCAACUCCACAUGAUUUGUUUUUUUUAUGCAAUUUAGUCUGCAAAGCCACCAGUCAACUUUGGAAGUUAUUCACGAUAGUCAUUCAUUCGACAGAUUGCCCCCCUAAGACAGGUGGACUCCUUUGUGAUAGUUGCGAGGGCAGAUGUAUACACGGUUCAUGUUUUAAGGAUGGCACUUGCGAAGUGGGCUGUAAUGGGACGGCCUUUCCACCCCUUUGUCUUCAAGGUAGGUUCUGGGUGAAUACAUACUUUUUUUUCCCUUCAAAAUUUAGACAUAAAAAAUAAAAAAUUUUUGUAUCGACUUAACGAUACAGCGUUAACAACAAUAUUGAUGAGAGGCAGGGUUCAAACCCUGAUUGGGAAAAAAAAGGGGGUUGCUAUUGUGGAAAUAACCUAAGUAUCCCACUACCAAAUACCCAAAAUUAUACAUGUAUUUACUUUUAUUAACAAACAACAAAAACAUGACUGGACCUUUAUGUAUCUUAAGUUUACGCGAGACCAAAACACUGAUUAGAAAAGGAUCUGGUGGAUAUGAUGAGACUCAAGCACUGUUUAGGAAAUGAUCUGGUGGAUGGGACUAGACCAGUGUAGCCGGCUACAAAUCAGUUUUUACUUUUUUUAAAAACAUGGUUCUUGCCAAGAAAUUUGGAUAUCAAAAAUAAAAAUUAAUUUGCCCUGCAGCUGAUUUUUGGCUCCUUUGACUAAUGACUUUGCCCACCACUAGGCUAGACUCAAGAAUUGAUUAGGAACUAUUCUGGUGGAUGGGAAUAGACUGGAGAAUUGACUAGGAAAUAAUCUGGUGGAUGGGGCUAAGCUCAUGCAUUGAUUAUGAAAUGAUAUGGUGGAUGGGACUAGACUCGAGCAUUGAUUAGGAACUGAUCUGGUGGUUAAGGAAAUGCGGACAUGAAUGGUUUUGCAAAUCUUUGAUUUUCUCUCACCUUAAAAUUAAUUUUUUAAAAUUUAUUGUGUUUUUUUUAUAUAUGUUCAUCAUCGUUUAAAAAACUACAUUUUAACCUAAUUUACGUCAUUGUAUUCAAGUAAAACUGUCCAUAGAUUAAAGAUUGAUUUAAAAUUAUUUAAAUCUUGAUUUGAAUGAAAAUAAAAUUUAUAAUGUAUUCCAGGAUGCGGUUCUAAUACUUGGGGCCUCAAUUGCGACAAGAAUUGUGUCGGUUGUUACAAUGCGUCAUGUGACCAACUAAGUGGACUUUGUACCCACGGUUGUAAUGGAUACAGUGACCCUCCAGAUUGUACUAAAGGUAAAUUCCCUUAG